AUGACGUCCACCGUCUCCUCCCGGCCCAUCCCGGCCCUCUACACCGUCUACAUCCUCCGCUCGACCAUGCGCCAUGCCUCCCUCUACAUCGGCUCCACCACCGACCCGCCGCGCCGCCUCAAGCAGCACAACGGCGCCAUCAAGGGCGGCGCCGCCCGCACUGCGCGCCCCAGCCUGCGGCCCUGGGAAAUGGUCGGCCUCGUGUCUGGCUUCCCCGGCGCCGUCGCCGCGCUCAAGUUCGAGUGGGCCCUGACCAACCCGCACCUGUCGCUGCACAUCCCCGCCGAGUCGCGCCUCUCUGUUGCCCGGCAGACGAAGCGCAACGGCCACCCCAAACGCCCGCCGGCGAGCAUGCACUCCAUUCUAGCAAACCUGCACCUGCUGCUGCGGGUGCCCAGUUUUUCCCGCUGGCCUCUGCGGCUGCACAUGUUUGUGCCCGAGGUGCACGCGGCCUGGAGCAAAUACAGCAGGUCGCAGACGAGUGCCAGCCAGCCGCUGGGCGACGACGUGCGCGAGGUGGAGGUGUUGACCGAUUUCCAGCCAACACCGGAUAUGCUGUUUGGCAACGCGACCGCCGACAGCGCGACUGAUGUCGCUGAUGCCGCGGAGAUCGGACCACCCUGGGGCAUCCAUGCCCUGCCGCUCGACUACGGGCCCAUGCGCGACUACGUCGACAAGGCCCAGGACAUUUUCACCUUUGAGCGCGAGGGCGACUGCGCCGUGUGCCACGGCGCGCUGCCCGCGGGACGGGGACUCUAUGCCGUCUGUCCCAACGCAGCGUGCGAGGCCGUCGGGCACCUGCGCUGCUGGAGUGGGCACCUCUUGCAGGAGGAAGCGGACGCGUCAGCAACACCGUCGCAGGCCCUGGGCAAUCCCGAUCUUGACCGGCACCCCCUCGUCCCUGUCCGCGGCCACUGCCCCGACUGCGGCGGUCCUGUCGUCUGGGGCGACAUGAUGAAGGAGCUGACGCUGCGGCUGCGGGGUCCCAAGGAGGUUGAGAAGCUGGUCAAGGCGAAGCGGCGACAAGAAAAGGCGGCCGAUAAGGCGGCGGCCGCGGCCGACAAGGUUGCCAAAGCAGGACAAGCAGGACAGGCGGUACAAGCCAGAAAAGCGGCAGACGCCGCGGCCCCCGUCACAGACCUGGACGACCUGUCCGGCAGCGUCGAGGCCACGGCCACAGUACGGAAGACAAAGGCAGCCAAGGUGGUCACCACCACCACAGCCACAACCAAAGCCAAGGGCAAGGCAGCCGAAGCGAUGGCUGCAACAGCAGCCACCAAGGCUACGAAGAUUACGAAGACGACGAGAGUCACAAAAGUGACGGCCGGCACGGCCAAGACAUGCAAAGUAGCCAACGUGACAACAGCAAAGACACCGGCAGCGGUGGCGGCCACCGCAGCGCUUGGCCGUGCGGCCCUGCUCGACGGCAGCGAGUCGCCGGAGGUGAUUGUCAUGUGA